AUGGACUUAACUAAUAAUCUAAGUAAUUCCACUACUAUAACAUCAUCAAUAAAUCCACCAAAACGUGUUCGAAUUGAAAGUGACGACUGGAUUGAUAAAGCACCACGAUCACGUCUAUUAGAACGUUGGAAAGAACAAGAUUUAUAUAUUGAUUAUUUAGAAUUACGUUUACAUCAAUUACAACAAUCGAUUGAAUCGAAUGAUAUUGUACGUGAAAAAGAAACGGAAUGUAAAAAAUUAAAAUCUAUGCUUAAUUAUCGAUUUUUAACUAAAACUACACAACAACAAUCAUUGGAUCAAAUGCGUGAUAUGAUUCAAACACCUACAUUAGGUCGUCUUAGACAAACAUAUUUAGAUCCAUCGGUUAAUCUUAUAUAUGGACAAAUGCGUGAAGAAAUUGAACAUAGCCGAAAAGCUCGUGAUGAAGCACAAAAUGAAUUACAAGCAUGGAAAUUUACAUCAGACAGUAAAACUGGUAAAAUGCUUAUGGCUAGAUGUAAAAAACUACUUGACGAAAAUGAACAAUUAGGUAAAAUAGUUUCAUCAGAUAAUGUUGCUAAACUUGAAGGUGAAACUGCUUUACAAAAUCGACUUUUAUCAAAUAUCAAAGAUGCACAAAAAGAUUAUGAAGAAAUUUUGUUAGAUAUGGAUACAAAUAUGGAUGCUAUGUCAAGUACAUUACUUCAUAUGCGUCAACAAUUAAAUGAUUCUCAUCGACAAAUAACUAUAUUAAAUGAAGAAAAUACUCGUUUAAAAACUUUAUGUCAAUCAACAAAUAAUCCUCUAAAUACACCGAAUGGAACUACUCAUACAGAUUCAUCGUCUAUCACAUCCACAACCAAUGCACAUAAUAAUAAACUACCACAAAAACGAUCACAUUCAUCAAAUAGGACUACACCACAAACUAUCAAUACAUCAAAUAAAAUAAAAACAACGAAUCUAUACGAUGCAGAUGACACAAUUUCACCACCAAUACCACAACCGACUUCAUUAUCUUCAAAUGAGUUAAUGGAUGUUGAAGCAGAUACAUUAACGUCAAUAUCAACGAACAGUACAAAUAAUAAUAUUAAUAAUAAUAAUAAUAAUAAUGAAAAUCUUAAGAGGACUAAUUCACUUGAAAAUGGAAUUAAUAUCACACCUUGA